CGCACGUGGGUGACGUUAGGGCCGGCCCUCUCCAAGCUCCCUUUUGUUGAACCAUCAAACUUAAGCUCCUUCGCAGCUCCCGAUAGCUUCAGAAGACAGCAGUGAAUAUUCUGCACGUCGUCUGUAAUCCCGGGUUAUUGGCAUCAUCACAACAAGUCAUGUCCAGGUCUUUCUACGUCGACUCUCUGAUCAUCAAGGACUCGGCCAGAGCCGCGCCUCUGAGCGAGCACACAGCGCAGGACUUCUUCAUCCCCAUCGGCAUGCACGCACCGGGUGUGAUGGGUGUCCCUGCGUCCGCGUGCCCGUCCCGGAAAGGAGGAGCCUUCUGCGUGUGUCCGCUCUGCGUCGCCUCGCAUGUCCACUCUCCCCGGGCCGGCCUGCCUCUGCUGAAGGCUCCAGGAUUCCCGAGCGGGGAUGCGCCUUACUGCCAGCGGCUUGCCCAACAACACAACACCGCGCCAGUCUGCACGACCCCCGCUUACAGCGUCACUGACCCACGGAGAUACCACUGUCUUUCCAUAGGUGCGUCGGACAACGGCCAUUCUCAGAAUGGAAAGCGCAUGCGCACGGCCUUCACCAGCACGCAGCUCCUCGAGCUCGAGCGCGAGUUCUCCUCGAACAUGUACCUGUCGCGCCUGCGCAGGAUUGAGAUCGCCACGUAUCUCAACCUGUCUGAGAAGCAGGUUAAGAUCUGGUUCCAGAAUCGGCGCGUCAAGCACAAGAAGGAGGGCAAGGGCGCGCAGCGGAGUGCGCACACCGCGUGCAAGUGCUCCGGAACCCACGCACCCUAUCCGCGUUCGGAGGACGAGGAGUCCCUCUCACCCGCCUCAGUCAGCGAGGAGAAAGAGGGUUCUCCUAUCUAACAGAAUAGCGAGAGACACACAAGGACUUGAUGAGCACUCUAAGACUGUUCACUUGAACUAGCACUUAGUCUUCCAUACAUGCACGGAUCCUUGGACGUCUCCGAAAACGUGUAGAUUCAGAAAAGUGGAUGUUUAUGGUCACACAUUCUAAAAACGAAAAGAUGACAGCAAACUCACCAGGGUUCCAUUUACAUCUAUGUGGUUGAAUGAUUAUUAUGUUGUGUGUUUCUGCCCAUCUCAACUUUAACAAUGCAUGUGUUGCUUUCAACCCUGAGGAUACAACAAAAGUGACGGAUUUUCCUCUCGCGUCUGUUCUGCCUUUACAGUCCGUAACUCUAAUGUGCUUGAAAUGCUAAAUAUUGAGCAGAAAUCUGUAUGUAAAUAAACCGGGAUAAGUAAAAAAAAAAAAAAGGAUGUAUAUUUGUGUAAUGUAAUAUGUGUAUAUUUGUAUUUAUUUAAAUAAAGAAACACGGUCCAUGCGUAAUUGCGCGCAACUUGAA